AGCCUUUUGUUGUACGAUUCCGGCAGCCAUUUUACGGAGUGGAUUCACACGAGAGUGGUCUGUUUUUUUGUUAAAGAGCACUGAUUCGCGAACAGAAUCCUCUCUCUUUGUGUAGUAGCGUUUAGAGAUCAUCGGAGCGACUUUUUUUUUUAAUUUUAUUUAAGAUUUAAUUGCUAGUUAGCUAUGUCUCGUGACCGUUUUAGGAAUCGUGGAGGAUUCCAGCAGCGAGGCCGCGGAGGCGUCGGAGGAAUGCGGGGCGGCAUGGGAAACCCAAAUUUUCGAAAUAAUCCACAGCAUCCGUUUCAGAACCGUGCCCCGCCGCCUGUUGGUGGUUUUAAGCCCAAUCAAGGGAACCAAGUAAAUCCAGGCACCCCGCAAAAACCGGAGGGACCUAAUGUUCCACCGAAGCCCGAGAUGAAGUCGCCUCCUCCUCCGCAGCAGCAGCAGCAGCAGCCGCCGCCACAACAACAGCCGCCGCCACAACAACAGCCGCCGCCGCAGCAGCAGCCGCAGCCUGAUGCACAAAACAAAACACCGGCGCAACAAGUACAACCGCCUCCUGUUCAACAACCACCGGUCCAGUCACCUCCACCGAAGAACGUUAACCCCAGACCAGAACCCGCAGCACCACAGAAUCAGCCCCGAAAAAAUCUAAAUCAGCAGAAGACUCCGGUCAGUGGAAAUGGACAGAAGCCUCCUAGCAGUGAAGGCCAGGCGUCGCGUGCAGUUGAUAACCCCGGAUUGCAGGAAUUGAAGGCAUCGCUCUCAAUGCUGCGCAAACCCGGGGAGAAGUCCUACACUCAGCGGUGCCGCUUGUUCAUCGGCAAUUUGCCAAACGACAUUACCGAGGACGAGUUCAAAAAACUGUUUUCCAAGUAUGGAGAGCCCAGUGAAAUCUUCAUUAACCAAGGCAAAGGAUUUGGCUUCAUCAGGCUGGAGUCACGUGCUUUAGCAGAGAUCGCGAAGGCCGAAUUGGAUGAUAAACCCAUGAAAGGCAGACCACUCCGGGUUCGCUUUGCUACCCAUUCCGCUGCAUUGUCUGUACGUAAUCUUUCCCCGUAUGUCUCCAACGAGCUUCUCGAGGAUGCUUUCUCGCAGUUCGGAGUGGUCGAAAGGGCGGUGGUUAUUGUGGAUGACCGCGGACGCUCUGUUGGAAAAGGCAUCGUUGAGUUUGCUACCAAGCCGGCAGCUAGAAAAGCUCUUGACCGGUGCAAUGAUGGAGUCUUCCUACUCACUUCGUCACCUCGUCCAGUUGUUGUUGAGCUUUUGGAACAGUAUGAUGAUGAAGAUGGUCUGCCAGAGAAGCUUGCUCAGAAGAACCCAAAUUAUCAGAAAGAGAGAGAGCAGCCCCCACGUUUUGCCAGACCAGGAACCUUUGAGUUUGAAUACUCACAACGAUGGAAGUCUCUGGAUGAGAUGGAGAAACAGCAGAGGCAACAAGUGGAGAAAAAUAUCCGCGAGGCGCGCGAGAAACUGGAGGCAGAAAUGGACGAUGCCUACCAUGAGCACCAAGCUAACUUGCUUCGGCAGGAUCUUCUUAGGCGACAGGAGGAACUGCGACGCAUGGAAGAGAUGCACAAUCAGGAAAUGCAAAAACGCAAGGAGAUGCAGCUUAGCCAGCACAAUGGACCGUAUCUGUUUGGCAGGCAAGAGGAGGAGCGCCGCAGACGGGAGGAGGAAAUGAUGCGGCAGAGAGACAUUGAAGAACAGAUGAGGCGUAAGCGUGAGGAGUCGUACAGAAUGGGUGGUUUCAUGGAUAAUAGGGAAAGGGAGAUGAGGAUGGGUUCUGGAGGUCUUGGAUUGGCAGAUAUGCCUUUUGGCGCCAACAACCAGAAGUUCCCAUUGGCCAGAAUGAACUUUGAUGGUCACCAGGGACUCGGUGGACCAGUGGCAGGGGGCAUGGUGCCCAACGAAAUGCACAAUGAGCGUUUCCCUCAAGGUGGCCCUGCAGGUCCGAGGGGCAUGGGUCCUGGCAAUUCAGGAUUUGGCAGAGUCCGUGAGGAAUUCGAAGGACCUGCCAAGAAGCCACGCUUCUGAUCUGGCACUUUUAUAUAGCAGAGCUUGUUUCUGGAUUCCCAGUGUUUCUGGGGUCUUAAUGUAUUUAAGUUUAAGUUUAAAAUAUUCCCUUGGAAUUUUAGCCUGAAGAUCCAACUUUUUUUUUUUGUUGUUUUUGUGGCAAAAAAAUUUUUUUUUAAGUAAUUUGUCUGUUCAAAUUUAGAUGAAAGUAGUGAAGCUGUUAAGCAAGUGAAGUCCUCUUGCUCAGCACAUCCUAUUGUAUCCUCCUUUUCUACGUAUAUUAUCAUGCAAUGUUACUUGUUAUGCUGGUUUACUCUUGUAAGAUGUUCUGCUAUUUCUAUGGUUAUGUACUGUGCCAUUCAACAUUUUGAGAUAAUCCAUGUAAUUUGCAAUAAAGAGUCAUUUGGUUGUUCAAACCCCAUUUCAACAUUUUAGCGCAGUGUUUGACUCCUAAAAAUUCACUCGGGCCCCUAUGAGAGAUCUGAUUCAUGAAAUAUUUGGGGUUUGUUUUUUGUUCAGUUUGAGUUCAGUUCAUUCAAACUUGAGCUAGAACUAUGUCACAUUGAUUAAUAAAUGCAGGAGUGGACAAAUCAUAAAUGUUAGCUAGCCCACCUGGCAAGUUAAAGACCCAAAGUCCCAUUUUUAGUUGCUUGAAAAGCUAACAAGGCUUAAGUGAUGUACCUUUUGAGCAUAUGACUUAGCACUCACAGAUAUUAGCCAGCAUUGUGUGUGUAUGCUGUGGUGGUCAGUCUACACAUCACUUGUAAAUGAUAUUUGAAUCUGGCUAAUGCAGAUGGGUAAAUUGGCUACACUGAAUUGUCCCUAGUGUGUUGGCAUGUUGGUGCCUUGCGAAAGUCCUUUCGGGUGGCAGAUGUUUGUAGUGCAGCAGGUGGUACGAAUCAGAAUGAGGAUUUAGUUCAGUAGUUGCACGAUCAUUCAGUGGUUGUCCAACUUUGCAACGCUGUAGCCUACAUGCUAAAAGAAAACUUGUUUUGCCAGUAAACAAGUCAGUUAGGAGGUUUUUUUUUUUAAUGCCUGUUGAGUUUGUCAGGCAAAUAAAAUUACCCAUGCAAAAAACUUGCUUGUCCAGGGUAUCUGGGCCAAUGAUUUGUCCACCCCUGAAGUGCAUACUAAUGAUAGAGAUAACUUGGAGAUGUGUGGUGUGAAAUGGACGCUUAAAGUACUUUAGUGUUUCAGUAUCUUGGCAUUCAUUAAAUUUGAUGCUCAUAGUAAUUGGCCAAAUGUAUUUAAUGUAAAGUUGCAGUAGGUAAGUUUGUUAAAAUCAAGUUCCGUGGUUAUCCUGCUUUCCAAUAAAUUUUUCUUAAAUUUUCUUUCAUGAAAAUGUUAUUUAGCUUAGUCCUAUAUAUGAUCCUGAGCCUAAAGAGAUCAAGGACAUAUUGUAACUACCUGCACAAACCUUCCUGAAUUUUAUGGCAUGGUUAAUAAAGUAACAAGGUUAUGCAUGCUAACCAUGUUGGGGUUUCUAGCAUCCUUUAUAAAAUAAUCCAUUGCUUUUCACAUAGUGAGGAUGUAAUUCAGGAUCUUGCAUGGCUGAGCAGGGUUUGCUCAGACCUAUUUAGUGUAGAAUUUGGCUAAUAUUGCAGAAGCUGUGGAGUAAUCAGCCCUCAUUAUUUACAGUGCUGCCUGAACAUUGUAGGACUCCACUGUGAGAACAGUCGUUUUUAAUGGAUUCUUGGCUCUUAUUUGUUUCUGCAAGGGAAAGGAAGUCCUCAAAUUCCUAUCAGACAUCCUAGAGUUUGAGUUAUUAGCCCAAGUAUGUAUUAAUGCGAAUUAGGUAUAAUCCUGAUCAUGAGGUGGUUUACUUGUAUGACUGGAGGUAAAUACAUACAUAAAAAUGUCUUGUGUUUUGUUGGUCCUCUGUAUAUUUUCUCCCUUAACAGGUGACUGUCCAAAGUUGUGUGCACCGGAACUUUGAUUAAUCCUCCAUUAGUGAGGGUUUUAGUGCAGUACUGUCUUGUCUAUGCAAUUAAAAUAUAUUUAGGUGGAUGUCUUUGAGUCUUUAAGUUUUGCCGAAUCUACAAAAGAGAUCUGAGCUUCUUUCCCCUACUAGCUGUAGCAAGUGUGAAAACGUACAUGGAUUACUUCAUCACUGUGAAACAAGUGCCUUUAAAAUCUGGAGCUGUUUCUCUUGGCCAGCUCUGAUGGCAUAAAAACAGUGACUAAAAGCUAAAGAAAUAACUUUUCAGAACUCAAACAUGUUGCUACAUCUCACAACAAGGGACAAAAGGCCUAGUGUAGGAGGCACCAGACCUCCCGCAACAUCUACCAUUGUAUCGUCUCAUCCGCAAAGUGGGUUCCUCCUUCAACAAGAAACCCCAGUGCUGUAUUAAUUUUGUUUAUAUCAACCGAUGUGGCAGACACUAAUAUGAGCAGAUAAAUGGUGAACAAAAUUUCAGCAGUAGGUUUGGACUCUCAUCAGUAACCAAAAGCCUUAACCUGCAAGCCUCCACUGCUUUGAAGUAUUGAGUGUGCAUUUACUGAACAAUAUAUACAUCUCUCACUGAAGUGUCACCCUACAUGGAUUCACUUACUGACCUGCCACCAAGGCAUAAUGUGUCUAAAAACACAGUGUGGUGUGUGAAUGCAUUCAGUGAUAUUCAUCAUUGUGUGUGUGGUGUCUAUGGUUAGAAAUCCGUGCACCACAGUUUGAGGGACUCAUCUACAGCAGUGAUGUCGGCAUACCUGAAUGGACAAAUAUAGGGUUUUGCAUUAUAUCUUUUCAGUUAUUUGUGUGUGCUAAUGUACAUAAGUGGUGUAACUUUUCAGCCUACUAGUUCUGGAAGUGCAACCUAACAAACUAAGCCCUGUAGUGGAAAGAGACUUCACUGAAGUGGGUUGCUUCCUACCAAAGCUUGAGGCAUGUGCUUGCUAUAAGCAAAGAAAACUGUCAAGGAGUAACAAGGAUUGACAUCAUGUUUUGGCUGCUGAGAAGCAACUCUGUAGCAUGAUGCUGCCACCACCAUGCUUUACUGUAGAGAUGGUGCCAACCAAAGCAAUACCCCUGCCUCAUCAAACCAGAGAAUCUUUUCCCCUCAUAACCUAUGCUUUUUAUUCCGGAGUGUCUUCCAUCUAGUUACUCUGUCCUAAACACAAGAUUGAGAGAGAGCUGUCUUUCUGCCAGGUUCUCCCCUCUCUGCAGAGGACUCCUGAAACACUCCCUUUGUAGUCCCUUUUUUAAGAUUAGCUGGAUGGUCAGCACGAGUUCUAGUGGUUCCUAACUGUGUGCAAUUCACAGUAAUGGAGUUCACUGUGCUCAUGGCUAGAAAUGUUUCCAGAGCCUUGCCCAGAUCUGUCACAACACAAUUUUAUUUUGGAGAUUUUUAUUUUUUUUAUUUUUUUAAGUUUGGCAUACUACGAGAAAUUGUGAAGCCUCGCAGACACCGGUUUGGGCCUUCCUAAAUCAUAUCCAGUUAAUUACAUUUGCCACAGAUGGACUCCAGGCAAGUUCUACAGACAUCUCAAGAUGAACAAAGCAAACACGAUGGAACUGAGGUCAGUUUGGAGCGUCUUAGCCAAGGCACUGAACACUUGUCUAAAUGAGAAAUUUUUUAAUAAAUUUGCAAUAAAAUUCUAUAAAUAUUUUGCUUUGUGAUUAUGGGUUAUUGUGUGUAGGUUAAUGGCCAAAAAGUGAGUAAACAAUUUUAAAAUUAAAAUUUAUAAAUACAAUGAAGUACAAAAGUUGAAUAAGUCUGAAUUACUUAAUUCACUGACUCACUGUACACACUCAAUGGGAGUGUACUGAAGGUAUUUCUAAAUAUUUUUGGAUGAUCUUAAGCAGAGCGAAUGAAGUUUGGCAAUUUGUUGCGCUAGGAUAUUAUGAUUUAUGAGUUUUCUAUAAAAUUAAUAUAGCUCCAGAGUUGUGUUGCAUGCUCUAGUUUGAACAAAAAGGUUCAAUUGAUAGUACUAUAUCCACUGCAUUAUACACAACACCUUUAUUUUGAAAGUCUGGCUGUUGAACCUGAGGGAAAACUCAUAGUUUUCUGACUCGUGGUUUAAUGUUUACUGUGUAUAACUCUUGUCUAUAAGCCAAGUCACUUGUUUCAGUAAGCAGACCUUUCAAACUGUAGUCCCUUAAAACGGUGUUUACUAAAGCUCAACAGAUAUUUUGCAGGUUUUUCAUCUAGUAUUCUAGCUCUGAAUGGCUUCUACGUUUACUCAGCAUUUUCAGGAUCAUGGUGGAAUCACAUGGAGGUUCAGUUGGAACUGACAGGUCUGGCACCACACAAAUAACACUCACAUUUUAGUUGUUAUACUUUUCACAUACUUGUCAUGGAAAAUUUUAUUUAGGUGGAAAAUAUUUUAUGAUUAUCGGUGCAAGGACGCAGGUUAUGGAAUUCCUCAAAACACACUGAAGAGCAUUUAGUUUAACUAGAAGUUAAACUUUUCCAAAUAGUUAAAUUAAUAAGUGAAAACCUAAGUCAUGAUUGUUUUCACAAAUCCAUUUCUGCCACGCCUUAAAAACGAAAAGUAACUGAAGCUGAAACCCCUCAUUUAUUUCUGUGUGAACUUGCAGAACAUUUGCCAUAUACAAGUAGAAAUGUAGUAGCAAACCAAUUACCUGUUAUAUUUUACUACAUUAGUACCAUUAAAAAAAAAAAAACCCUGAAAUUUAAAGAAUUUGUACUAAUUCUAGUGAACAUGCUAGUGCCAUCAAGAGGGAAAAAAAUGUAAGACUGCAGUAAAGAUGAAGCCCAACAGUAAUGUAAUAAACAUUUCCUUACUAGACUUGCUUUUGUGAAAAGAAAAUUCAACUACGACAAUUUAGCCCAUUAUAGGUUUGUUGUAAUGUUUUUUUUCUGUUUUUAUCGUCUUUUUUAAAAUUAAAGGUAGUAAUUUUUGCUCAAAUUAAAGCCUGUAAAAAUCUGAUUUAAAUAAAGACUUAAAAAGAUUUUAAUACAUUUGUUGUCUCCAGUAGCUAUACAAUCUAGAGUAUCUGGAAAUUGGAUAUAAAUGUUUUGAAGAAAAUUGGUGCUGCUGAUCCUUACUGCAACAUUUGGUGCUACCACUUAAUAAAUGAAAAUGUUUGUCACAUGUAAAAAAAAAAAAAAAAAAAAUUUGUCUAAUGUUAGUGUUGUAUCUGCUGCCUUUGGGGAUAACAGAACGACUUGUAUUAGAUAUUUUAAAUAAUCCAUGUAGAAUUUAGACACUCCAUAAAAUGGUUGCCUUGCUGUGUUUUAAUGCAUGGCUUUAUUGAAUAAAAUCUUUAGCGGCACCAGGAGUGUCCAACCAGAUUGGAGUAUGCGGUCAAUAAUGCAGCCCUCCCUACCCACGGCUACUCACGGUCUACGCAGACCAAUAGAUUAGAAACAACAAAAAAGUUAUUAGUACUGAUCUUUCUUAGUUGGUGUAGGUUAAUGCCAUUAGCCCAACACUUGUACAUACAUUUAUACACUAGUGGAGACCAGGUUGGACUUUUGAGCACCCUGUAACACCCUAGAGCGAGUUAGUGUUGAGUGUAAACCUGGUUCUUUUCUCAGUGAGCAUUGAACAAGAAUUUAGCAUAGUUCCAUUAAAGAGCAGUUCCAGUGGACUUUCUCCUUUUGUGUUCAUUGUUUGCAACUAGCCAUUGAGCACCUUGAUGUAAUAACCAAGUCAGGAAAACGUAAGGCAAUGUGUUGGAAAUGUGUAAAGAUUUAUUUUGGUCACUUUGGUACUUGUUGAAGUGUGAAUAAAGCCUUUUACCCUACUUAGAGGCAAAAGGUCAGAUUUGCUAGCUGCCUUUGCGAUUUUUGCCCUUUUUCACACUCUUUCCAAUAAAAAGGUAGUUUAAAAAUCUUAAUUGGUAAACUUCCCAUGACUGCUAUAUAAUUACAGAGUUUGAGAUUUAGUAUAUUGUCAUCAGCCUUCUAUAAAAGCCCCUUUGCAUAAAGUACAUGUAGUCAUGGAUUUCAAGAAACAAGCAAUGAUUCCUUUUUUCCUAUCCUUUUCAUGAAAGUCACUGGAGUUGCUCUUUAAAGCUUGCAGAAAACGCUCAGAUUGCUAAUCCAUAAACUUCAGUAGCCAAAAUCAGCUUUGCUCCAAUUCAUGGAUGGUUAAAUGUAAAUACUGAAAACCUUGAAUAAUCAUGAUGCAGUUCUAUUUGAAGUCCAAUUAGGUGCUGUUUGUGCAGCUGGAUUAAACAGCAUGGAGGUGAGAACUCUGUUCUUCACCCGUAAUGCCAUUAUUCAAUAUCUGAUGAAAAGCAAACUCUUUCUGUCGGCGUCCACACUUGCCAUUUCCAGUUCUUUGUGAGGAGAGCUUGUCUCUGUGUGUGUAACGUGUAUGGCAUGGAUGGUGGUGCUGUAGCUAAGCAGUAGCAGCCAGUGUCCAGCUUGCCCUGCUCCACAGUUGACACUCCAGCAGUUGGUUACAAUGACACAAGAUGAGUAGUUCUUCAGAUCAGUGGACAGUUGAGCCUGGACUUGUUUGCAUCGAGAGGUUUGCUUGCGUAUCAUCCGAAAAGGUAAGUCCUCAUGUCUUUUGUUCAAUGACGAUGAAAACCACAGGGCUGCUUCACCUCCCUGAUUCACCUCGCAUGCUGAAUUUAUUGGGGUUCUGGCAUCACACUUCUAAAAAUGGAUUCACAGUGCAGAUUUUUGUUGUGGACUCGAUGUGUGUAACAAGUUGUGGUGUUAUCUGUUCUCUGAACUUCUGUGAAAUGCCUUAGAGUAAGCAACUGACGGGGAUGGGAUGGUGUAUGGGGGGGGGCACUUUCUUCAAGGACGUAGUAUUGUUGCAUUGAUAUACCAUGGCAUAUUUGUGUGGACGUGGGCAGGGGUGGGCUUGACAUUGAAGAAAAUCCAAGAUUUAGGCUCUUAUCAGUGUUUCAAAGUGUAUACUUCUUUUGCCAGAUCCUUGACUUGAAGGCAUCACUGUACAUUUUAAACAUUCCAAUGAAUUUCCUCUGUGACAUGGGUCUCAGUCUGAGUUUAGGAAUCCUAAUGAAGUGGAAAUAUAAUGAAACCUGAACUUUGAAUUCACUUGCAAUAAUAUACUUUACCCCCAUAAUUCAGAACAAAAGACAUUUCACAAAGGGGAAAGGGCACAGGGGACGUAAGAGGCAUGUGGUUCUAAGUUUCACUUUUUUAAACAAAAAAGGAUCCGUUAAUACUGGACAAUUUGCUUGGUGCACAUUCUUGAUGUAGGGGUGGAGGUUAAUAGUAAGAGUCCUACAUAGAUCACUGCUCAAAACAGCAUAGUGGAAUAUUCAUCGAUCUUAAAUUUGGCAUGUAUGCAGCAUAAACUGUUUAGAGUAGUGGUGGUUACCUCAGAUCAAUGGAUUACACAGUUCACUAUUCAACGUUUAAUAUAUAGACUGUAAUUGAUCAGGAUAUUGCAACAGGAAUCGGAGGUCUCACAGUCUAGAAAAGAUCUUCGAUGGCAACAGAAUUCCUUGAAUGGUCCAGUACCUGGAAUAUCUUUAUUAUUGGAAGACCUCUUCCAAGGUACAAACCUUGGGGCUUUGUAUGUGUACUGAUUUUUAAAAAACAAAUUCACCAUUUUUUUUUUUUCUUCUCGUUCUCCCCCAGAUAGCCUUUAACAAUGUCUUUGACAAAACACUGACAUAAUUCUCAUGGCUGGAACAGAAACUGGAUGUGUGAUUACAUGUUUAACACCAGAUACGUUACACAAGUGAGAUGCUUGGUAGGUUUGUAUUGUUGCUCAUGAAACGCAAAAAUAAAUAAAUAAAUAAUCAUAUCGUCUGUUAGUCCAGAAUCACAUCAUUCUUUAAUCAUUCUAUCGUAAUAGCUAAACACACUUUGAACCUUUUUGGAUUUUGAGUUUUUGUGUGGAUUUUUGCUAUUCCACAAGUACUUGACACGGUUGCAUUUCCCACACCACUUGACUUGGCAUCACUAUUCACUGUUCUUUUUUCCUGCUUGGCCUCCCUCUCUAGGUCCACUAUGAUCUUUCUUGUGCAAGUUCCCCCUCAUUGAAUUAACCCACAACUGAAGUAUUACAUGUGAACAUUUUACUCUACGCAUCCAGAUGCAUGGUGUGUCAAUACAUACUCUGUGAAGACUACGGUGUUCUUGAAGCGUUCUGAUCUAGCAGUUUGGCAGAUUUUGUUGUCCAGGGAGGUGUGUGUCUGUUUAUCUGCACUGUGAUCCAUCAUCUCAUUCUCCCAUCCUCGGGCUAUAUAUUGCCUUCGCUUAACCCAUUAGGGAGUGUGAUGCCAGAACUGCCCUGUUUGCUUAACGGCUGCCUGUGGAAAGGCAGAGCAUAACCUCACACCUCAGGAUCUACACUUCCAGAAACCCAGCACUGUGUAAAAGGUGAUGUCUGUUUAGAUAACUCAUAAUGUGGUUUAUAAUGGACUAUACAUCAAGCAUCAACUUCACACUUAGUCUCACUCAAUUUAUCAGCAAGAUUUGAGCAUCUUGUUGUUUUUUUUGUUUCCUUCCCCAUGUGUCCUCAAGCAACACACAUUAGACCUUCAAAAUGUCUGUCUCAACAUAUAACUUGUCUGUACAAAAACGUCCCCAUUUUGUUGUUACACCUUUGGGCUAGGUAGUUCACUUUAUUCUUUAGAAACGAUUCAUUGUAUAUAAAUACUUAUCCUAAAACUAAAUAUCAGUCUAUUAAAAUAUACUAGGGCUGAGACCUUCUCAUUUUUGUGUAGUUGAUCAUAGUCCUAUAUAAUUUAGAAUUUGUUUUAGUUUGCCUUGACAGAGAGGGUCAUCGAAAUAAAUUGAUUCGUCGUAAUAGAUGAUUCACAGUUCUAAUUUUAUAGUAAUUUCUAGGAUAUGGAUUUUCUGUACUUCUAUACCAAUUUUAAGCGUUUGUUUUAAACGUGAUUACACCCAAUACGAUGCGGCUUAAUUUUCUAUUGUGUUCACACCGUUUGCGAUUUCUUUCUAUAUUGUUCCUCGUCUACGCUCUGCUUCAAUUGUCGGUCAGUCAGUAAUAACAGUUUACAUGUAUUGAUAUUCAUAAGAAAUGCUGAUGACCAUGCCGAAUGGCGCUGUUUAAAUAACUUCAAGAGCUAUCUCGAUUAAAAUAAAUAUCCAGCUCAAGCUUUUACAAUUUUUUCGAUGUGUGUUUCUAUAUUAAGUAAAAUUUGCCAAACAGCAAGAUGAAAUUUAGUUUGUCUAAAUUUAUAGCAGGGGAAAAAAAGUUUACCAAGAAUUUCAAUUAUAAUAUAAUAAGGACCAAUAUUAUUAAAUUAGCAUUUAGUGUGAUUAUUCAGUAGAGAGACAAGAAAAAGUUCGCUUGGCCAAUGUCGUAAUGUAAUAUUUUGGACAUACUUCCCUGUACUAGUUAACGUUAUCCAAUAAAUAAAGAGUGGCCGUGAUUUUUAACCUGUGUAAGCAGCCCUAAAUAAUUUGAAAUGAACAAAGCACAGUAAAUGUCUCUGCCAUAUUCCUUAAUUCUAUAAUACUUUUUAGAUUUCCUGUCUUCUGGGACUUUUGGUAUGUUUGGAUAAUGCUGCAUAUAUUCCCAUAAUCUGUAUAAACUCAUUCAUCAGUAGUAGUACUCCUAGUCUAGUGUUAGUUUAGCUUCAUAAUGAAAUGUGAAGGCCAUGUCCACUCACUGUCUCUCUCACUGCAGGGGCCUCGGGCAUCUGACGGAGGCUGAGCUCCACACCUCCAGAAAUAAGGUCAUUGGUUAAGUGUAAUCUAUGAUCCACUACAUGUUAAGACCUUUAUGAACAGUGCUAUCUAUGGAGUACGAGCAGCAGACCAGCUGAUCUUCACAUCGCAGUACUACUAGGAGCUUGACCAAAUGGACCGGACAGUGGGAAGUUAUCGAGUUCAGCACAUGGAUUCGUCGGUUCAUUCAUCUGGGUGUCACGUGUGCUCCUUUUGAAUAAUCUGAAUAGCAAAACUUAAGUUCCAGUACAGAGACUGACCUGUGUAUCCUAUAUCCCUGGAGUGUUGUCUUCAGACAGGGUGUGUGUUUCACUCGGUUUAUCACUGUCGCAUCUUAUUGGCUUGUUGUUAAUAGCAGCUCUGAUUCAGGGCGGACGUCUGCAAGCUGAUCACGCACAACAGAAGUGGCUGUGAAUGGAUCCGUGUUUCUGUCUGGCCAACAUUGUACGCCAUCAAUGAAUAAUAAAAUGUUUGUUUACCA